UGAGGGAUCAAGGGAAGUCUCCAUUUGCUGACAGGCAGACCGACCCUCCUCCACAGGGCCAGGUGGCUGGUCUGAGUUCACCCAGGAGGCAGAGGAAGGCCGCUGCCUAUUUGUCAUCCUGCUCAUGGCCAUGUAUUGGUGCACUGAGGCCCUGCCCCUCUCGGUGACGGCCCUGCUGCCCAUCAUCCUCUUUCCUUUCUUCGGCAUCCUGCCCUCCAACAAGGUCUGCCCUCAGUACUUCCUGGACACCAACUUCCUCUUCCUCAGUGGGCUGAUCAUGGCCAGCGCCAUUGAGGAGUGGAACCUGCACCGAAGGAUCGCCCUCAAGGUCCUCAUGCUCGUUGGGGUCCAGCCAGCCAGGCUCAUUCUGGGGAUGAUGGUGACCACCUCCUUCUUGUCCAUGUGGCUGAGCAACACGGCUUCCACCGCCAUGAUGCUGCCCAUUGCCAGCGCCAUCCUGAAAAGCCUCUUCAGCCAGAAUGAGGCUGAGAAGGACCUCAACUGGCAGAGUGACGAGAGCUCAGCUGCUGUGCGCAGGAAUGGCCUGCACCCUGUGCCCACGGAGAUGCAAUUUCUGGCCAGCCCAGAAGACAAAGACUGCCCUGAGGCCGAGGCUCCAUUGGACCUUCUAGCAGACUGCGAGAAGGAGGAGGAAUAUCGCAGAAACAUCUGGAAGGGCUUCCUCAUCUCCAUCCCCUACUCGGCCAGCAUAGGGGGCACUGCCACCCUCACGGGCACGGCCCCCAACCUCAUCCUGCUAGGCCAGCUCAAAAGUUUCUUCCCACAGUGCGAUGUGGUGAAUUUCGGCUCCUGGUUCAUUUUCGCCUUCCCUCUCAUGGUGCUGUUCCUGUUGGUGGGCUGGCUGUGGAUCUCCUUCCUGUACGGGGGAAUGACCCUGAGGGGCUGGAGGAAGAAGAAAUCUGAGAUCAAAAGUGAUGCAGAAGACAGGGCUCGUGCCGUGAUUCGGGAGGAAUUCCAGAACCUGGGGCCCAUCAAGUUUGCUGAACAGGCCGUGUUCACCCUUUUCUGCAUGUUCGCCAUCCUCCUCUUCUCCCGGGAUCCGAAGUUCAUCCCUGGCUGGGCCAGCUUCUUCACCCCUGGGUUUCUUUCUGAUGCUGUUACCGGAGUGGCCAUUGUCAUCAUUUUGUUCGUCUUCCCAUCCCAAAGGCCCUCUUUCAAGUGGUGGUUUGACUUUAAAGCUUCCAACGAAGAGACAGAGCCCUUGCUGACAUGGAAAAAGGUUCAGGACACGGUGCCUUGGAACAUCAUUCUUCUCCUGGGAGGGGGCUUCGCCAUGGCCAAAGGCUGUGAGGAGUCAGGGCUGUCGGCGUGGAUCGGUGGGCAGCUGCACCCCCUGGAGAACGUGCCCCCCGCCCUGGCUGUGCUGCUCAUCACCGUCGUCAUCGCCUUCUUCACCGAGUUUGCCAGCAACACGGCCACGAUCAUCAUCUUCCUGCCGGUGCUGGCAGAGCUGGCCAUCCGUCUGAGAGUGCACCCCCUGUAUUUGAUGAUCCCCGGCACGGUCGGCUGCUCCUACGCCUUCAUGCUCCCGGUCUCGACGCCCCCCAACUCCAUUGCCUUCGCCUCUGGACACCUGCUGGUCAAAGACAUGGUACGGACAGGCCUCCUGAUGAACCUCAUGGGUGUCCUGCUGCUCAGCUUGGCCAUGAAUACUUGGGCACAAACCAUCUUCCAGCUGGGCGUCUUCCCAGACUGGGCCGACAUCCACUCAGCCAACAUCACGGCACUGCCAUCCGCCUUGGCCAACGACACAUUUCGGACCCUUUGAGUCCCCCUCCAGGACGCUCUUCGAGCUGGGCCCUCUCAGAAGGCUUCUGCCAUCACCUGCUGCUGGGACUCUACAAGGACGAUCUUGAGCAGUUCUUUUCUGUGAUCCAGUAUGCAGCAAGCAAGGGUGACCUCCAGUGGUCCACUUGGGCCCACAGGCUCAUUAUCUAGGACACGGUCUCCUUCUCUUUCAUGGAGGUCAGGGCCCAGACAUCUCCCAGAUCCGCUGCCAGAGAAAUAAGCUCCUUUAUCUCUGAGCUGUUAUAUGGCUAGAAUGCAAGAGCGCCCUAUCCCAGCAACAGGAAGCAAAUCUGGAAUAUGGCAUUUGUCUUACACUGUUGGAAUGGGUGGGGGCAUUGAUUCUUAUGGGCACUGUUAACAUCUCCCACAGCCUACCUUAAGUUACCCUCCGGAGAAGUCAUCUUGCCUUUAAAGGUCACCUUUCUCGGAGAGGAAGGCUUUUGGGGCCACAGUGUUCCAGGUGUUCACAGCCGUGGUGUGUCCUGCUCAGUCGGUGCCCAUUCUGUGCCCGUUGUUUGAACGUGACCCCUGCCAGUACACCACUUUCAAUCCUUGGAGACAGGGGAGGGACAGAUGACCUCUUGAGGACAGGGAGGCUGCGCCAACCCCCCUUGCUGCGCUUCUGGGGGUCCCGGCACACCCUGGGCAUUCUAGAAACCCCCAGCUGACAUCUCUACCCAAGCUUUUUAGGAUUUUUCUGUCUGAAUAAGUUUCACUGUAAUUCUGGGGUCAGGCCAAGCCCCGGCCCUACCGUCCUUCCAGAGAGGACUCUCCUACGUGUGGCCCACGGGGGCCUUUGUCGCUGCCCUUUGUCGCUGCCCGCUACUCCUGAUUCCAGCAGCUGGUCUUUCCUUUCUUAUACAUCCCCAGAGGGGUAAAGGUGUUUAAUUAGCAAAGGCCACGUUUUUCAGGAAUGACAAAAAAAAUAAAUAAAUAAGAUACACUGGGGCCUCAUCAAAGGCCAGGGUAAAAUUUCUCAGGCAGGCAAUAUAUCCUACCCUCUUCUGCAGAGAAGGUCAACCGAGAUUCUCCUGAGCCAGUGGCUGGCGGGGGCUUUCCUAGAUGAUUUGAUCCCUCCUCGUUUCCAGCAGAAGCGCGUGGGUAUCCCCAGUGAACGGCACAGUAUCAGGCCCAGCGGGUGCUCAAGAAGUGAAGGGAUUGGCCCAGCGCUAGCCUGGCACCAAACAGGUGCCCAUGGGGCUUCUGGAAGCCUCGUGUCUCCCUUCCUACACAUCUGAGGGACCAUGAUCCCCAAGCAGCAGCCAGAGACUCAGUACGGCACGAGUGAGUCAUGGAUGUUUCCCUGGGAGCAGCGGGGAGGAGAGAGGAGAGGCCCCCACGUUGGAGGAUGGGCUCUACCUCUUCCCAUGUGAGUACUUCAGUAAUCAAGUCACAGUCGCAGCCCAGAGGGCUUGAGAGAUGCACUCCUGGAGAACAGGGGACGGGAGAAGUCCAUUCACAGAGAAACCCAUGGGACUUGUAACCAGAUGAAUCAUGAUUUCAAAUACUUCUGAUUGAAAAUGUAAUAAAAUAAAGAGUGUUAAUCAACA